AUGAACGACGACGAAAGUCGUCGUUCAUCUCCUCCUCCUCCUCCCCUAAACGACAGAGGACGACGAACACGAGUGAGUAUUCUCGCGUCUCAUUUCGCGUCGUCCUCAAAAACUUUGAAAGGAAAAGACGAAGAAGACAAAGAAGAAGAAAUCCAAUCCGCGGAGGAAUGGAUAUCCUCCCCGGGAAAGGUGUUCGAGAACAGAAAGAAACGAUACGUGAUCACGCGAGAGUCUAUCGAACAAUUCGGUAAAGUCACUCGCGAUGAACAGUGGAUACACAAAAGUAAUGAUAAUGAUGAUUUUGGUAGUGCAUCGUCGUCGUCUUCUCCGUCUGUCUUGGGAGGCGUUAAACUGCCAAUCGCUCACGGAUUCUUCACCGUGUCCUUGUUGACGUUUUUAUCCUCCGCGCCGAGAAAGAGCGCGACGUGGUGCAAGUACGAAAUCAACUGCGGGAUGAAAAACGUAAAAUUCGUGAAACCGGUAGAGGUGAACUCAGUUUUAGGAUGUCGAACGAAAGUCAAGAGCGUUUCGUGGAAGCGAGGGAGGGAGAUGUUGGAGACGACGUACGAGUGCGAGAUGUUCAAAGAAGGAGGACGAAGAGGAGAAGAGGAGAUCGUGUUAGAAGCGGAAUGGAUUGUCAGACAAGUUCUCGCGUAG